AUGGUCGGACAAACUCUAACCUCUGUGGCUAUUAUUGGCGGCGGCCCUGGUGGCUUAGGAACCGCUAUCGCAUUGUCCCAGUUACCAUUUCUUGAAGUGACCCUUUACGAAAAACAUUCCGAGUCCAGAGAGGCUGGCGCUGGAAUAAGUCUAAGUUCCAACGCUUGGAAAGUCUUGGACUUGCUCGGGGCAAGUAAGGGGGUCAAAGGCGGCUCCAAAUCCAACACUCAUCAAAGAAAUGCAUAUACUGGCAAGAUCUUGAGUGUGGUCGAACAUCCAGAAAACUCUGCGGUCGAUCAGCGUGGAGCGAUUCGCGCUCGUAGAACCCGACUACAGCAAGCACUCUUAGCUGAAGUUCCUAAGGACAUAAUCAAGUACAGCAAGAAGCUUGUUCAUCUUGAUGACCUCUCAGAUAGAGGUGUAAGGUUGACCUUUGAGGAUAAAACCGAGGUUCUCGCUGAUAUAGUAGUGGGAGCUGAUGGAAUUCAUUCGGCUGUUAGAAGAAGCCUUUUUCCAGAGCACAAGCUUCGAUUCACGGGUAACACGGCAUUUCGGGUUCUUGUUCCCAAAUCACGCCUAAAUAGUCUUCCUGAGAUUACAUCCACAACCGCCUGGUGGUGGGGCAAGGCUGGGCAUGUUUACUUCUCCGAUGUGGAUGAUGAGACUGAAAACAACAAUCCACUGUUUGAAAUAACGAUAAGGUCUUACCAUGAGCCUGAGAUCCCGGGGAAGACUGUAGGUUGGGGUAUUCCGGCAGCCAAUGAAAAGGUCGCGUCCCGCGUCACGGAAUUUGAUCGGAGAGUUCGCGACGCAGUUGAUACAGUUGAAGAGGGGCAAUGGUGGGAAUUCGCUGGGUUUGCUGGUCCGCGUCUCGAUCAUAUCACUGCAUGGGACAAAGUUGCCCUCAUCGGAGAUGCGAGCCAUCCACUUUCUGGGGCCUUUGGCUCUGGGGCAACCUUUGCGAUGGAAGAUGGAUGGAUUUUAGCAAGAGCCCUCGAGCUCACACAUUUCACCGGUCGCCCGCUAUCGGAUGCCUUGGAGAUCUUCUCUCAGAUCCGGUCGCCGUAUUACAAUAGAAUGUAUGAGCAUUUAGACAAGGUCCAAGAAAAGCUGCAGAAAGUGCAAUCCGAAAGCACUAAUUUCGAUGAAUUUUUGGAGACUAAGAUCGACAGUUUUCUCUACGACGAUAAGGAUUUCAUCUAUAAGAACGACAUAUCGAAAGUUUGGGAUGCCUACCUCGAGGCAAACGAGGUUUAG